AGAUGCCUCAGCGCUGCCUGCGCCCCAGCCGGGAAGAUUAGGGAUCCGGCCCCCUCGGUGCUCGCUGCAGCGCGGCCCCGGUGCGCAGCCGAGCUCAGGAUGGUGCGGGAGGAGGUUCGGACCUCUUCUCGUAGCGCUCGCCAGGUGGCGGAGCGCGGCGGCGGGGCAGGCGCGGCGAAGACAGCCCCGUCGCACGGCGGAGCGCGGCUGGCUGCGGAGCGAGCUGCAUAAGAUGGCGGCGGCGGGAGCUGAGGCGGUGGUGGCUGAAGAGGAGGAGGAGAAGCGGCUGCCGGAGGGUGACCCCGAGUCGGGCGGGGACUCGGAGGAUGAGGGAGACUCGGACUCGUCCGGAGAUGGCGAAGACGAGGAGAAGGAGAACGAGGCCGAGAUCCAGCGACUGGAGGAGCAGCUCUCCAUCAAUGCCUUUGACUAUAACUGUCACUUGGACCUGAUAAAGCUGCUCCGCCAGGAGGGAGAGCUGGUGAAGCUCCGAAGAGCUCGGCAGAAGAUGAGUGAGCUCUUCCCACUUACUGAAGAGAUCUGGCUGGACUGGUUGAAGGAUGAGAUAAAAAUGGCUUCUGAAAGCUCGGAGCGAGAGAAGGUUUACGAACUCUUUGAGAGAGCUGUGAAAGACUACAUCUGUCCUGAAAUUUGGUUGGAAUAUGCCCAGUAUUCAAUUGGUGGCAUUGGCCAGGAAGGAGGAAUCGAGAGAGUUCGCUCCAUCUUUGAGAGGGCACUGACUGCGGUGGGGCUGCAUGUGACGAAGGGCACGGCGCUGUGGGAAGCAUACCGGGAGUUUGAGAAUGCCAUCCUGGAAACAGCACAGCCAGCUCCUGGCAGUGUUCCAUCUCCUGAGCAGCAGCAGAUGCUCUGCAGCCAGCUUGAGAAGAUCCACACGCUGUUCAGGCGCCAGCUGGGGAUCCCACUGUUGGAUAUGGAGACUUCUUAUGCUGAGUAUGAGGAGUGGUCAGAAGAUCCAAUCCCAGAAACAACAAUAAAGAACUACAAGAAGGCUCUCCAACAACUGGAGAAGUGCAAACCCUACGAAGAGGCACUGCUGGGUGCUGAAACACCGAAGCUGGCAGAAUAUCAAGCUUACAUUGAUUUUGAAAUGAAAGCAGGUGAUCCAGCUCGCAUUCAGUUGAUCUACGAGAGGGCUUUGGCUGAGAACUGCCUUGUGCCAGACCUCUGGGCACGUUACAAUCAGUAUUUGGACCGGCAGCUGAAGGUGAAGGAAUUGGUCUUGUCCGCUCAUGACCGCGCUGUUAGGAACUGUCCCUGGACGGUGGGGCUGUGGAUUAGGUAUCUUCUGGCGAUGGAGAGGCACAGAGUUGAUCACAGCAUUAUUUCUGAAAUGUUUGAAAAAGCUCUGAAUGCAGGUUUUAUUCAGGCAACGGACUACGUAGAAAUCUGGCAGGCGUAUCUUGAUUACCUGAGAAGAAGGGUGGAUUUUACACAAGACUCAAGUAAGGAACUGGAAGAGCUGCGGUCCGCAUUUGCCCGUGCUGUGGAGUAUUUGAAACAAGAAGUAGAGGAGAGAUUCAGUGAAAGCGGUGAUCCAUCCUGCACCAUCAUGCAGAACUGGGCAAGAAUUGAGGCUCGCUUGUGUAACAACAUGCAGAAAGCCAGAGAACUCUGGGACAACAUUAUGACUAAAGGAAAUGCCAAAUACGCUAACAUGUGGCUGGAGUAUUAUAACCUAGAAAGAGCUCACGGCGAUACUCAGCACUGCAGGAAGGCCUUGCAUCGAGCUGUGCAAUGCACCAGUGACUAUCCAGAGCACGUCUGUGAGGUGUUGCUCACACUGGAGAGAAUAGAAGGAACUCUGGAAGACUGGGAUGCAGCUGUUCAGAAAACAGAGAACAGACUAGCUCGAGUCAAUGAACAAAGAGCAAAGGCUGCUGAGAAAGAAGCUGCUCUGGCAAAGCUGGAGGAGGAGAAAGCUGAACAGCGAAAGCAGGCUCGGGCAGAAAAGAAAGCGUCCAAAAAGGCUAAAAAAGCCAGGACUGGGGACAAACGCAAAGCAGAUGAUGACGACGAGGGUGAAUGGGGACAAGAGGAAGAAGCAGAGCAGCCCAGCAAGAGACACAAGGGUGAUGGUUUACUUGAAGAAGACAUGGAAGUAGAAAUGGGACUGUUUGGGAGAAGCGGACCUGAGAAGCCAGAUCGCCCAGCAAACCAGAAGGAAAAGGCAACCACCAGUCGAAAGGACAUCCCCAAGGUCUUACAUGACAGCAGUAAGGAUAAAGUAACUGUCUUUGUCAGCAACCUCUCCUACAACAUGGCAGAGCCGGAGGUGAAGCUCAAAGAGCUCUUUGAGAGCUGUGGGGAGGUGGCAGAAAUCCGUCCUGUGUUCAGCAACAAGGGGACGUUCCGAGGCUAUUGCUAUGUGGAAUUCAAGGAGGAGAAAUCUGCUCUCCAGGCCCUUGCCUUGGAUCGUCAAGCUGUGGAGGGGAGACCCAUGUUUGUUUCUCCGUGUGUUGACAAGAACAAGCAUCCAGACUUCAAGGUGUUCAGGUACAGCACUACCCUGGAGAAACACAAACUGUUUAUAUCUGGUUUGCCAUUUUCCUGCACUAAGGAAGAGCUGGAAGAUGUAUGUAAAGCCCAUGGGAAUGUCAAAGACAUUCGACUGGUCACCAACCGAGCAGGCAAACCCAAGGGCCUGGCCUAUGUGGAAUAUGAAAACGAAGCUCAGGCCUCGCAGGCUGUGCUGAAAAUGGAUGGCCUGACAGUCAAGGAGCACGUCAUCAAGGUGAUGAUCAGUAACCCCCCCCUCCGAAAGCUGCCGGACAAGGCUGAGGCAGGCAGAGCCUCCCAGUUUGCGGUGCCGCGCCAAGUCUAUGGGGCGCGAGGGAAGGGAAGGACACAGCUUUCCAUGGUGCCUCGUGCAUUGCAGCGCCAGAGUAAUCCUGUGGCUAAGGCUGAGAACGGGAUGGUCCAGAACUCACCAGCAGCUUCCUCCGCCCCCCCCGAGGAGCCGAAGAAGAUGUCCAAUGCUGACUUUGCCAAGUUGCUACUGAAAAAGUGAGCAAACAGUCUGCAAUCAGCGGGUCUGGUAAAAUGUGAAAUGCCUUUAUGGAAGCCAUGUUGUGUCCUUACGCUAGCAAGGAGAGAACGCCAGUCACAAUCACUUGUAAAUACUGUUCUGGACUCCUGCAUUCAUCGAGACCAGUGUAGGAUGGUACAAAUCCAGGGUUUUUUUCCUCUGUUUGUAAGAGCAAAGAGUUUAUGCUAUGUUCUGGUAAAAUGGCAUUAUAUGAUUCCUCAUAUUGAGGGUAACGAGGGGGGAAGUGUUUCCUGUACCGGUCGGAUGCCACGUCGAGUUUCAGGCAUGCUUUACGGAUGUCUCUUUCGUUAAGGAACGAGAUGCAAUAUGAAAGCUUAGUGCUAACCUUGUCAGGCUCCACUGGUCAGCUCCGAUUGUGAUUGCAGUCAUUCUCUCUGCCCCAACAAACCCAUUUGCCACCCAAACACACACUCGCAGGGACAUUCAUCUCCUUCCAUUAAGCGUGAGAUGCAGACGCUCGUAACUUCACCACAAUGGCCUAUUUUAGUAUUGAGAGAGUUUCUAUACAUGUGUGUAUAUGUAUAUACACCAAUACACAUCUCUCUGUCUUCAGUUAAUGUUCUGUUCCAGUUGCCCUGUUUUUUAUAUUGUGUAUUUGUAAAAGAGAUUCAGAUUCAUGAUUUGAAGUGUCAGGAGGUAAUCCUUAGAGCUGGUAACUUUUGUUUCCCAUAAGCUGUAUGUGCUGUUGCUAAGGACCAUUUUCUUUCUUUGGGGUUGUUUUUGCUAGCUAGUUCAUCAAGUCUUUUGCAGGUGGUUUCUGUAUGGUUUUGUACAAAUGUGAAGUGCAAGCUGACCUAUCCUGGUUUAUUAAACUCAAGUUCUCAAAGGUUUUCUAUAAAUACUGUUGCUUUUGUUUAAAUGUGGGUGUGUUGGAAUUGCACUUAUCCUCUGGCAGGUGGGUAAUGCUGAUGUACCUCGCCUUAGGUGCACUGAGAGACACAGUGUCACUUACUUUACCCUAAAUAGCUCGCUCCAUCUCAUAUGAAUAUCCUGAAACCACUUCAGUCUGGUACAUGAGCUUGGGUAGAAAUAUUGCUGCUUGGCAACUGAACCGGCUGCUGGCUCUGGAAGUCAGCACAGGCAGGGGUUGAAUGUGAGGGGGGCCUCAGCGCCAAGUUCACUUGUACGACAUGAGCACUGCUGCAAAUAAACACUUAUUUUCAGUGCUUAUGUUCUGUGCUGCUUUAACUUGGCUUUACUUUGGAUCGAUGAGUCUGCUUUGUAGCUUGGAGCCAGGGAAGGGUGGCAGUGGUGGUGACAGAGCAGCUUGGGCCUGCCAGCCAGCUCUGGACUGCUGAUACAGCUUAGACAGGCUUAAUAACACUUUGGUACAAAGCUUUGGGUGGGGAUGCUAAGGCUGGCCUUGCCCUCAGGGCAGGUAUGUACAUAACCUUAGUGAGGAAUUCAGUUUCCUUUAGCUGCUGGGGCUGGACUUCAUGCUUCAGAGCCCUCUGUUACACCCCAAGCCACAGGUGUAUGUGGCUGUGGAGCCAGGAUGUAUGCACCCUCUCAGUUGCUACUCCACAAGCUGAGCUGUGCCCUCUCCUUAGUUCAGAGCAGCAGAAAAGCACCUUGAGCCUGUUCCAAACAAAAGACUUUAAUAUUAAAAUAGUUUAAUAAUCUGUUACUAAAAUAACAUUGCAUUUCCUCCCCCCCCCCAGAGCUCUAAAGUGCAGAUUCUGUUUGUACUCAAAAAUAAGCAUACUUACACUACAAAAAUAAGCAUACUUUGUAAGGACAGAGCAGCCUUCCUCAUUCAUUUAUUGUUUGCUUUCCCUGGCAGCAGUAGCUGGUACAUAAGCAUGGAGCGGUGCUGUAGCAGACAGGUAACUCCCAGUCUCUUGUCUGCUUGUAAAAGAUGCAUCCUGGCUACCUUGCAGGGAAGGAAGCGAGAAGGGAUGAAGCCUAACACUGGCCAGGGACAGUCUUAUGCUGUUUGGUGAAGGGGUUGAGCUUAGCUGCUCUCUAAACUGGAUUGAAUCCCAAGGGUUCUGAACUUAAGGGUGUUGGGAUCAGGUGUGCUGCUGCAGCACUGGCAGGCAGGGGUGGAAGGAGCUGUUCUGGGUCAGGCUCUGGGUGCUUUCACCUUAAA